AUGUCUAAAAACAUCAUACUAUUCAUAUCAUUCAUCUUAAUUCAUUCAGUCCUCCCAAGAACCCAUGCAACAGUGAAAUACAACAUCACAAACACAGCUACACAAACCCCAGGUGGGAUCAGAUACGAGACCCAAAUCGGUUUCAAACACAGUAAACACAUCUUAAAGUCCUCAACCCAGUUCAUAUGGAGGCUCUUCCAACAAAAAAUCAAAGAAGAAAGAGCAAACGUGACACACGUACACUUACUCAUCGAUGACAUGGACGGUGUCGCCUACUGUGAAAACAACGAGAUCCACGUCAGCGCAAGGUAUAUUGCAAAUUACAAAGCUGAUAAUGAUGAUGUUAAGAGAGAAUUCAAUGGUGUGAUGUAUCAUGAGAUGACCCAUGUGUGGCAAUGGUCUGGAAAUGGUUCGACCCCUGGAGGAUUGAUUGAAGGGAUUGCUGAUUUUGUGAGGCUGAAGGCUGGCUACAUACCUAGCCAUUGGGUUCAACCAGGGGAAGGUGACACGUGGGACUAUGGCUAUGAUGUUACAGCUAGGUUUCUUGAUUAUUGUGAAGGUCUUAGAAAUGGGUUUGUGGAUGAACUUAAUAAGAAGAUGAGGUAUGGUUAUAGUGUUGACUAUUUUGUUGACUUGGUUGGGAAGUCUGUUGAUCAGUUGUGGAGUGAGUACAAGGCUGCAUAUCAUUUAUAA